AUGGUUUGAUGAAUAAUAUUUAUGAUUAAUGAAUCAGAGUCUCUUAACCUGGCCACCAGCCCUCCCUCAUAAGAGUCCGGAGACCGUGGCCAGGACGGAGCAUUGUUUUUGCUCAAUAUCUUUACUCAACUGAGCUGUGCAGAAAUCUUUUCCAUUCUUUCAUGGUUUUGAGUUCACGUAUCUGCAGGACAGCUCCUGAGAGCACUGAGCAGGGGCAGCACAGGGUUCCUUGCCUGACCCCCAAAGGCACCUUAGUUUGGGACACUUGAAUUGAAUGAUGAACUCUGCAGCAUAUGCUGUCACAGAGGCAAAGACACAGCCGCUAGGGAGCAGGAAGGAAAGAAGAGUGAAUUCUGUUCUGGGCUGGAGCUUCGGCCUGUGUGUCAGGGAGAGCUCUACUGACCAGCUGCAGAUCUGGGACACAGCUGGCCAGGAGCGAUUCCGCACCAUCACCCAGAGCUACUACCGCAGUGCCAACGGGGCCAUCCUCGCUUACGACAUCACCAAGAGGAGCUCCUUUCUGUCUGUGCCUCACUGGAUUGAGGAUGUGAGGAAGUACGCGGGCUCUAACAUCGUGCAGCUGCUGAUUGGGAACAAGUCGGACCUCGGCCAGCUCCGCGAGGUCCCGCUGGCCGAGGCGCAGAGCCUGGCAGAGCACUACGACAUCCUGUGUGCCAUUGAGACGUCGGCCAAGGACUCGAGCAACGUGGAGGAAGCCUUCGUGAGGGUGGCCACGGAGCUGGUUGUCAGACACGGUGGCCCGCUGCUCAGUGAGAAGGGCACUGACCACAUCCAGCUGGACAGCAAGGACGUCGGGGAGAGCUGGGGCUGCGGCUGCUGACCGGGGUGCCGGGCAGGCAGGCAGGGGCCUCCCCACCUCCCCGCCCCCCGCCCCCCGCCCCCAGCCUGCCAGGCCCACCCCUCCAGGGCUGGCCCUCCAUGGCGCCAGCGAUUCUAGUGCAGCUGGUUAAAGUCCUGGAAUUAUCCAUUCCGUGGCCUGGGUACUUGAUGGGAAAGCUACCCUCGAGGAAGGAAGAAGUGGGGUGCCUUCUGGGUGUUGGGGGUGGGGCCCCUCCUGCCGGCCAGUGACGGUCCCCUCCGAGUUCUUCACAGUCCAGGACUGGCCCAGGCCCAUGGGUAUAGACCACGGUGGGAGAGGGCCAGGAUGUGCCUCCCCUGCGGCAUGUGUACUGAUUCCGACCACUUCACACCUUGAGUCUUGCUGUAGCUGUGGCGGCAGCAGGUUGCUGCCUCCCAGGGAUGUGGCUGGUGCCGGUUCUCCCGGGUCACUUGGGGCCUCUGGUCGGAGCCUCGGAGGGAGAGAGCGAGCGAGCAGCCCAACAGAUUCAGUUCCUGAGCACAGCCCCAGGGAAGCCCUAACUCCUUCCCGGCGAGGAACCUUCUUCCUUUCUUCACUGCCAGCUCUAAGCUCGCAGAUAGCUUGGGGCUUGGCUUGCUGCCUUAGCAAGCAAGACCUCUCAAGUUUUCUGGUUUUCCAUGUAGCUUCUUGUUUUCAUCGGCACAAGUAUGGGGUCAUGGCCCACUGACUGUCUGCUGGCCUGGGGCACAAAGUUUUGCCACUCAGGUUGCAAAACCAGCUGAUUCUUCAGCACGGACUCUCAGAACUUGUAGGUUUGGGGGAAUGAGAUAGGAAUGUGGACAUUUAAGGGAAAAGUAAAAGCUUGUAUCCCUGAGGCUCAGGUCUAAGAGGGAACCUCAGGGCACCUAGUCUGACCUGUGCAGAAGCCCUUCCUGCCACGUCCAGAGUGACAGCUCCCCCACUGCCUCCAGUCUAGCUUAUAGUUUCCCAAGCCAAGAAGGCAAGGCCCUGGCAGUCCUGGGUCUGGCCACUUCAUCCUUGCGGCCCCACCCACCCUUAACGGUUUCAACAUGUGUUGGAUGCUGAGGUUAGAAGGCAGAUGAGGGCUGGCAUCACUGGGGCUCUUGGAAGCACACUGUCCUCUGGGGGUAGCUCAGAGGAUCCCAGGGAUGGAGCAGGUGAUUUUUCCAUACUGCCCCAGCCCUCCGCGUGGGGUCCCAGGAAAUACACUGCUGUCAGAGCCGUGGGCAACGUCACAGCAUGGAGCUCGAGCCCCAGGCCCGGCCCCAACCCCAGAGGUGGGCCACGGGCCUCCAGCUGACUUCCCUGGCCUUCCACUCAUGCCCUUUGUUCUGCGUCACUGCCUCUCCCAGGCAGGCCUGACCACAGAGCCAGCAGCCAGACCCACGGCAGUCUGGUGAAGCAGGGUCAGGCAUGGAAGGCUUCCCUGGCCGGGACCCAGACAGGCAGGGCUGGUGACUCCCUUUCAGGCAGGGAGGCAGCCAUGGGAUGGCUGAGCCUGGUUCUGGAGAGGAAGGUUGUUGGCCUGGUUGGACCAGGAGCUACUGAGUGGGUGUCUUUGCUGAGGGGAACCAGUUCAUUGGUGUCCGGGAUGGGGUGGGAGCAGGGAAUGAGAAGGCCGCUGGGCUUCCUCCCUCAAUGGCCUUGCCAGUGGGGUAGGGUGAGCAGGGCCUGGGACCCAGCUGCUGGCAGGCCUCUCCCCUGCAGUUCCUGGGCUCUACCUUCAAAGUAGAAAGUUCCUGUGAAGGAGGCACAUUCAGGCCAAAGGCAAAGGUCCUCCAGCCCCAUGACCUCUGCCAGGGGACUGAUGUUUGGGCAGAGCUGGGCAUUCAAGCUGGGCCCAAGCUGGAAGAGAAACUUCGCAAAGCCUGACCUUGUAGAGACCUGCUGCUUUGGGGGUGGGUGGUGGUGGGGAUGUAGAGAGUUUUAGAGCACAGGCCUGGGCCUACCCCUCCUCCCACCCCAAGAUUGACCUGCCGCCUCAGUUGCCAGUGAGCACAGGUAUGGACCCUCCCCGUUGUUCCCUGCUGUCCCCCUCUGCCUCCACCUGGGAUAGCUUGGGGAAAGUGGGAGAUCCUUGCGUUCCAUCUCCUGCACAGGGAUGCCCUGGGCUGCCAUGAGGAUCCAGGCACAGCAGCAGGUAGCUGGCUCAUGAUGGGGACUCUAGCCAUCCCCCUCCUCCUCCAGACCCAGGGGUUAAAGGCCGGAAACCCUGCAGAGGCUUGGCUGAGAAAGGGGAAAGAUCACUGGCCCAGCCAGGACCGGGAAGGUUUCCUCCCACCCGUGGCCUCACGGCUCACCCAGCAACCACGAAAACACUUCCCUUUCCUGCCUGUCAUAGUCCCACAGUGUCCAAAACGCUGGGCCGUGUGGUCUCCUGCCACCCUAAUCUCCAGGGAGUUAGCCUAGAAAUCCAGGGGUUGUCUUAGGCUCCUCACUCUCUCUCUGCAUCCUACCACAGCGCUGAGAUCCCACCUCCACGCCGGUCCCCAUGCCUCUGCUCUGGACAGGCCCCAGCCUCCCCUGGACACCUUGUGGACCUCCUUGGCCCCUGGGCUUCUAGCCUGCGCAGCACAAACCACCCUCCUGCUGCAGUCAGAGUGGCACUUGUAAAAGGUCACUGCUGAUGCUGUCCCCUCCCCUUCCAGCGUGCCUGGGGCCCUUGGGAUACAGGCCAUGCUCCACCCAGAUGCCCAAGGCCUCCACAGCUCUGCCUUGGCCUCCCUUAGGACCACCCUCUGCCCAGGCCACUCCCUCCCCCUGCCCAGCCUCUCUUCAUGUCGUUUAGGAUCCCACAGAUGACCCACCUAGACACCUCUGAGAAUUGGCCCCACCCCAAGCUAGUCCCUUGGUCAUAGAACCUUCUGGCAUGAAUGAGUUCUUUAUCUCCUUCUUCCUGAGCAGGAGCCAUUUCCCACAGGCUCAGACAGAGACCAUUUCCCCACACAAAUGCUGGUGCUUAGGGCCCGAUGCUGGUGUGCUGACCGUGUGCCGGCUGGACUGCCUGUGGGGGGCCCGUCCCAGUCUCCUGGGCCUCGGUGUUCUGUCACUUGGGUAAGAGAAAACGGGGAAGUGUUGAGACAACAUGAUCCACCUCUGUUUCCUUCUGCUGCAGCCCAGGGCUUCUGGGGCCAGAGAGCUUAAUCUCUUCCUCUGUUUAUAAAUUGCCCAAAAGCAGGAACAGGUGGGGUCCAGAGCCAGGGUGUGGGAGAGGAGGCAGGGGACAGAGGGCCAGGAAGUGUCCUGGCAGCCACCAGGCCCCAAGGAGAGUACCGUCUGAGGCCUGGGUGGGGCCCCUGUGACGUGGGCUGCAGAAAAGGAGGCUGGUGUUUUAUACUUCGGAGGAGGAAUGGGGCAGGCAAGGGAUGCGGGUCGGGAUUCCCAAGCCAGAGAGGUGGGUCCCUGUCCUCCGGAAGAGGCUGCAAGGACAUCAGGCCCCAGCAGGCAUGGAGCUGGAGGGAGCUCCUAAUUCAUAUUGAAUUCGAUUACUCUUUCCCAGGAGGGCUGCGGGGUGGGGCCUCCGGCCCUGUGCGCCCUGCCAGCCCUGACUGUUGGGCUGUGGGGAAGGCCUCAGCGAGCCCAGUGAUGCCGUUUGCAUUUGGGGAUUUUUCACAUUAUCUAUUUAUGAUACCGAAAUCUUUAUAGCAAAUCUAUUUUUUAAAACAUGGAAAAGUUGCCUUUAUGGAAACAGAGCCAGAGUGUACACAUUCCUAAACCAUUAAACUGAUUUCUGCAAAGAGCCAAUGGUGCCCAAGACUGGUUCUCUCACCUUUGAACCCAGAGCCAGCCCAGGUGGCCACAUCUCCACAGAUGCUUCCACCUGCCCAGCUGGCUUCCCCAACUAGUCUCCAGGCCUGGAGUGGGUGGGGGGGUCUAUGCACUGCCCACCACCCUUCUUAAGACAUCUCUGCCCCAGACCAAUGUGGAAUCCUUCUACAGAGAAGCAGUCAGUGCCUAAUGAGCAGGAAGGAGCUUGGGUUUGGUCCUCACUGUCAGGGAUAUCUGUGUGACCUUGGGCAAGUUACUGCACUUCUCUGGGCCUCUCGGGUUCCUUCAGUUGGGUUUGCAAGUUUGGGGGGCAGAUUGAGGAGCAUGGUUCAGUGCAGCAGGCCUGCUACCUCUCACACAUCUACAACCCCGUGAGAAGGUGUUACUAUUCCUGUUCUUUACAGAUGAGCCAGCAGGCUCAGGGUUUGGGGGUUCCUUGCCCAAAUUAGAGGUUUUAUUCCAAGUCAGGAGAUCCCCAUGAAAGCCAGGCUGGUCUUGCGCACUGCUGUAUUCCAAGGGCAAAGAAUGGUUUCAGGCAUGUAGUAGGUGCUCAAAGAAUUGCCAACCGCCUAAUUGGGACCCCUGGCACCACGACAGCCGUGAAUCCAUAGCCCACCCAUAUAAUCUGUGGUCUGUUACUAGUCCUUCUCAGAAAGGGGCCGUGUUGACAUGGAGCCAGAUGAGAAUUGCAUAGUAUGGCUGCACACCGUGGCCAGGUCAGACUGUGCUUGGUCGGCCACGCCCUGCUCUGAGACCAACUGACAUCAGGGAGGUCAGACCAGCCUCCGUUCAAAUCCCAGGUCGGCUGUGACUGGUUGUGUGACCUUGGGCAAGUCAUUUUCCCACCCAGCCUCGGUGUCCUCAGAUGGGGGACCCUGAUUCCUGUCCUGCCUGCAGCCCGGCAAGCAUCCUAAGAUCCCAGCUGGGAGGGCUUUGUAAACAGGGGCUCCUGUUUCUGGCUCUGUCCAGAGGUCAGAAGCCUGGUAAUUCCACUGAGUGAGUGAUGAAGGCCGGGAGCCUGGACAUCCCAGAGGGGCCAUGCUCCAGGCACUUCCAAUCGCCUUUUCCAGGGAGAAGAAAUGCCUGUGGUUUGAAUCUCCUGCUGUCCUAGAAUACAGGGCAGCCCCCAGCCUGCAUGUGCCCCUUGGGAGACAAAGCCCUAACCCGGUGGUCCGAGCUGGGCCACCACAUGCCCUCCCCCCGGAGGCUGUGAGGAGGGCCCUGCCCUCUCUCACCUCUGUCCAUGCCAGGGAACUGCCAGACCCCGGGACAAGGCCCUGGGCUUAUUUAAAGCACGGAAACUGAGGCCAGGGGCUCUAAGAGCUGAGCCUGGCCCUGCCCCUCCUGUGGGGGCAUCCAAAGCUCCAAGCCCAACUCCCCUACUCCCUGCACACUUUCCCCCAGGGGCUCAGCUGAGGAGGGAUGUCACCAGCCCUUCCUUCAGGGAAGCCGGGAUGCACGGUGCCCCCACCCCAGUCCCAUCUCCUCCUCAGCCCAGGCACCCUUCCCUCACAGCUGCCCCCCACCCCAGCAGCCUCUGCCCGGCCUGCUCCCACCUCCUGCCUCCACGCCCAGCUCCACACACCUUCCUCGAGCAGGUCACCCCCUGGCCUGGACCUGCAGGCCCCUGCUGCCCGCAGACUCCCCUCAGGGCCCGUCAGGGCCGUUCACAGCCGGCCACACUCUGCCCUGACACUCGCCAACCCCAGCCCACAGGGCUCUGCCCUUUCCUGGCCCCGCUGCUCCCGAUGGGCUGACCCCCAGACCCACCUGAAUUGCCCACCUUGCUGCGGCUGCCCCCAGCAGGGCCUUCUGCGUACCAACAGUCCCAGCUGGGGCCCUGGGCCCAGAGGACAACCACCUGCCCCUGACACCGACUCCCAGGCACCCCCAGGAGCCCUCUAGGAUGGGGGCCCUGCCCCCAGAGCCUGCCGUCGGGUCCCCCAUGGGAAAGACAAGAUUCGCCCCGAUGGCGGGCUGGCUCCCACUGCUGCUUCCUGGGCAUCUGCGCCGUGCUCACCCCGGGCCACCUCGUGCUCUCCCCGGGCCACCUCGGGGGCUGUAGCAAGGCCAGCUCUGCCCGCCCACCUUGGCUGUGAGAUGGAGGGAGCUGGGACGGGUCUCCCCCCUCCCACGCCGGGGCUGUGUGCUUUGGGCCUCUGUCCCCACCUUGCAUCCUGGGGCUGCCAGCACCUGCCUGCGGAACACGCUACAGACGUGGAGGUUCCCAGUUAGAGCUACUCACUCAUCAGCACAGCGUCACUUACCUAUGAGGGAGCUGGAGGGUCCGAGUGUAGGGCUGAGGGGACAGCAGGAGGCAUGGAGCUGACAAAGGAGGCCGGGAGAGAGGGUGCUCAGGCCGGUGAGUGGGGCCAGGAUGCCUGCCCUCUGCUCAGGGGGCAGUCCAGGGAGAGCAGGUGGCGGCAUCCAGGAGCUGCUGGAAAUGUAGGAUCCCAGCGCCCACCCCAGAGCUCCUGAUUCAGAAUCUGGAUUGUUGUAAGGUCCCCAGAGGAUUUGUGAGCCUGCUGCCGUUUGAAGAACGCUGGUGCCCCACAGCCUGCCCACCCCACCCAGGUGAUCCCUGGGCAGGACUUUAUGGCUCGAAAAUGUUUAGGUUCUUCCAAAAAAAAAAAAAAGGAGGCCUGCAGGUUCUUGCCCAUUUACCCCUGAAAGGUGUUUUCCAUCCUCCGCCGAGGCACUGACUUGUUAUGUGGACGUGAAGGGCAGAGGGCUGGUGGCUGGCUCCUUGGCAGGGUCACCUGGGAUCACCCGGGCCACCCCAACACCCGACAUUCUUCCAUCAGACUCCAACCCCAUCUGGCAACAUUUGAGCUUGUGUCUGACAGAGGUUCUUGACCUUUUUUGGAUCUCUGACCGCCAUAAGCUGUAGACCCUUUAGUCAGGAAAGAUCUAUAUUCACAUCCACACCCAAAUGUGGCGCGUUGUUGGGGGUGAGUAGACAGUUAGGUGAAGGUUGCCCACUUCCCAUGUCUGGAAUCUUCAAACUUCUAUGGAAAUGCUGUUUACAGCUCUUGAGAUGGUAGAGUCUGAAACAUAUAGUUUUCUGUGUGAAUUCACGAGAGUGAAUGGCCCAGAUGCCCAUCCAGUGAACAGCAGAGGUUAGUUUUGAGCCCUGGAUGUCGGGCUCCAGGGUUGUGCCUCAAUCCUCUGAAAUCCUGGGAGGGACCCUUGGAUUUCGUGGGGUGGGACUGUGGCUGCACUAGACAGCCCAAACUCAGGUUUACAUUCAACAAAAGGGACCCGAUUCUAAGUGGACAUUCCUGAAAAUAACAAACUUUAUGGCGAUCUAUCUCAAGGAACGAAUCUUAAAAACAAUAAAACCUCUAUGCACAGGAA